CUUAUAUAGGAUUAAAUCAUUACAGAGUUAACAGUGUUUUUUGUUUGUGUAGGUGAUGGAAUUUAUUAAAACCAGCAUCAUUAGAAUCCUGCCAUCUAUAGAUGCAACUUUAUUAGAGCAACUUGCAACUAGUUUGGAGCUAGAUGUUGGAGUGGAGACUCAAGCAGAUCUUCAUUUAGUUACAUUUGAAGACUUGUUUGGCCUAAAACCAAUACAAAAACGAAAACUACUUCAAUCAUGGUUAUCAAAUAAUGUGGCUGAUUCCAACAUGUUGACACCAGCAUUGAUGACUUUGUCGUCACCAUGUAUACCCUGCUCUUCUACUGAAAUUUUAGCAGCAGAAGGAUCUUCUGCGGCAUCAAAUUAUUUUGGACCUUCUGAUUGGUGUUGUUUAAUGUACCAUGGGGAAAAAUAGAUAAGAAAACGAUUGAAAAACUAGAAUCCGGUGAACGUCUUAGUGCAACAGAAAGAACGGCAAUGGUGCGGAUAGUAUUGGACGAAGUUAGAUCAGUUUGUCUAAAGCCGUUGAAAAAACACUUGGAUAUUAUUGCAUCCAUAAUUGUUUUAAAAUAUCCAAAAGCAUUGAAGGAUGAAUACAAUGGUAAUUUGAUAGGUAGUGGUCAUGAUAGUCUGACAUUACAAUUAGUCAAUCGUUAUGAUUAUCUUCAGCGCCCACGUGGUGCUUUGCCAGAAGUGGAUUUUGAAGUAGAAAAGGUAUCUGCUCAAGACGAUGAAAAAAAACAUCCUUUUAUGAAUAGAAAGAGAGAUAGUUAUGGAUGUCUCAAUUGGGAAUGUACAGGAUUGCUUAGCUCACAGUCUACUCCAGCUGAAAAACUGUACAGUUUGCAGCGAAGUGCUAUAAAUGGGAACUUAAUUCUGCUCCCAGAAUUGAUGCAACAGUUUCCAGAGCUGUUUACGGUGAGCGGAUUACUGAAUCACUUUGAUGUGUUGAUGGGUGGCUUAAAAGCCACUGAAAAAUUAACAACUUCAUUAGCUGACCAAAAAUUAGCAGCAUUUUUGUUAAACUGUAAAUCUACAAAUGAACACAUAAAAAAAGCUAUGCAAUCAAUGGAUGAGCUAAAAGUUGCAACUGCUUCUGAUCUACCUGUGGCUCCUAGCUUGAUGACUGCAUUGGUCUUUCUUUUUGAUGAAAAGUUGCAUUGUCUUUUUUUGUUGAUGGAUGAAACAACUGACAUGUCUGAAGUUCCACGUGGUCAACUUCUUACUCCUCAUUUGUGUGUUUUAGGAGAUGCAUUGCUGACAGCAAAAAGGUUCGUUCUACUUGUUGACGGUAUUCCAAUAGUAGAGAACAUUACAAAUUUUACGAAAGCAUUUUGUUGUUUGUUUGCUUGUUAUUAUGUAUUCAACAUUCCUUAUCCAAAUGAAGUAUCAAAAACUUUAGAAUUUUGCCAGCGUGUUUUUUUUGGAAUCAAUCCUGAAAAGGGAUCGAAGUCGCGAUGCACAAAGAAGGCGAUGACUGUCAAUAGAACUGUGUUAAAAAUGAUGCAGAAAUUAGCUAGCUUCAUUUAAAUAUAUAUAUAUAUAUAUAUAUAUAUAUAUA